AUGGGUGAUUUGUUCAUGAAUCCUGAUCCGAACCAGACACCUGUUGCUGACCCAUCACCACCGUCAACUCCGGCGACAACCCCACCUGGGUUUGGUCUCUUUUUAGCCAAUCAUGAAACCCCACGUUGCCCAAUUGAGGAUCGGAUCAGGUUUGCUGUUAGGGUCAGUGCUAGACAACCUCAAACUAGUGUUAAUGAACCAGUUGUUGGUGUGAACACUGGUGUGAACACUGGUGACAGGUUUAAGAAUCACAAAAGGGAUAUAACCCAUGUGGCAAAAGCAUUAGGGAUGGAUGUUGAUGGCAACAAGACUCAUGAUGGGAUGUUGUUUGAUUGUAAUAUGUGUUUAAAGAUGGCUAAAGAUCCGAUCUUGACAUGUUGUGGUCACUUGUUUUGUUGGGGUUGUUUUUAUCAGGUUCCGUAUGUGGAUUCAGUUUCGAAAGAGUGUCCUGUUUGCAGUGGGGAAGUGAUUGAUUCGAACGUUACUCCUGUUUAUGGGAGUGGGAACGGGAAGGAUUCGGGAGGGAUGCAGAUGGGUUCAGGAGUGAGGAUUCCUCCGAGGCCGCAGGCACGCAGAGUGGAGAGCUUUGCAGAGGAAAGUUCGUUUAUUAGUUCAGUGGUGGAAGCAGUUAGGAGGAUUAGAAGUGCUCGGGAGAAUGCGGAUGCAAGUUCAAUUGUUGUUCAUGCAUCAGAGGCCCAAAUGAAUGCUGCUGGUAGUACUGGUUUGCGGUUGGGUGGUUUAGCAGCAGAUGGUGAUGUUGAGGUUGAUCGGGCUGUAUCUGGCUCUAGGAGGAGGAGGAGGAGACGACGAUGA